AAGACAAACCGAGAAUGGUGAGACGCUAGAAUAUUUCUCAAAAAUACAAAAACAGAAUCCAUCCUUACUGAUAAAUUUCUGUCUAUUGAAUUGUUUUUUUGUUUAACUAACUAAUUAAUUACUUAUUAAUAUUAACUAACUAAUUACCCCAACAUGACAUCGGUUAUUCCAGUUGACCCUGUAAGGGAGAAGAUUCUACAGGAGAAUCGUAAGAAACUUAUUGAACAUAAAGAGAUUUCUAGUCGUCUGAAAGGAAUGCGAGAACAAGCAAAAGAGCUCACAAAACAGUAUGAUAAAUCUGAAAAUGACUUAAAAGCUCUCCAGAGUGUUGGUCAAAUUGUAGGUGAAGUUUUAAAGCAAUUGACUGAGGACAAGUUUAUUGUAAAAGCAACAAAUGGCCCACGGUAUGUAGUUGGAUGUCGACGUCAACUUGAUAAAGCAAAAUUAAAAGCUGGUACUCGUGUGGCAUUAGAUAUGACUACAUUGACCGUAAUGCGUUAUUUGCCUCGUGAAGUAGAUCCAUUGGUUUAUAAAAUGUCUCAUGAAGAUCCUGGUGAAGUUACGUACUCAGCUAUUGGUGGAUUAUCUGAACAGAUCCGUGAACUGCGAGAAGUUAUUGAAUUACCAUUGUUAAAUCCAGAAUUGUUUCAACGUGUUGGAAUAACUCCUCCUAAGGGCUGCUUACUUUAUGGACCUCCUGGUACAGGAAAAACAUUACUGGCUAGAGCUGUAGCUAGUCAACUAGAUGCCAAUUUCUUAAAAGUGGUGUCAAGUGCAAUUGUUGAUAAAUAUAUUGGUGAGAGUGCUCGUCUCAUUCGAGAGAUGUUUAAUUAUGCUAGAGAUCAUCAACCAUGUAUCAUUUUUAUGGAUGAAAUUGAUGCUAUUGGUGGUCGUCGAUUUUCUGAAGGAACAUCUGCUGAUCGUGAAAUUCAAAGAACCCUCAUGGAACUUUUGAAUCAAAUGGAUGGUUUUGAUUCAUUAGGUCAAGUUAAAAUGAUAAUGGCUACUAAUCGACCGGAUACAUUAGAUCCAGCUUUAUUAAGACCUGGACGUUUGGAUCGUAAAAUUGAAAUUCCAUUGCCUAAUGAACAAGCUCGUUUGGACAUUUUGAAAAUACAUGCAGCUCCUAUUACUAAACAAGGAGAGAUUGACUAUGAAGCUAUUGUAAAAUUAUCUGAUAAUUUUAAUGGUGCUGAUUUGCGUAAUGUGUGCACAGAGGCUGGUCUCUUUGCUAUACGUGCUGAAAAAGAUUAUGUAACUCAUGAAGAUUUCAUGAAAGCUGUAAGAAAAGUAUCAGAUAAUAAGAGUUUGGAAUCUAAAUUAGAUUAUAAACCAUUAUAAAUAAUUGUAUUAGUAAAAAAGAACGUUAUCAUUAUAUCAUGCCGGUAAGAGAUGUAUUUAAAGUGUUAACAAAAAAAUAUGAUAAUUGUCAUUAUUAAAACAAUAGCAUUUCUAUUAUUAUGAUUAUAUACAUAUUAAACAUUACUUUUAUACUUUGUAAUAUUGUAAAAAGUAUCAGUAAUAUCUGCUAGAAAUACAGUUUAUUUUAUAUUUAA